UUAGGAAACCAACACACAAGGCUUUAAAGCAUACUUGUUUUCUCUCUCUCUCUCUCUCUCUUUCAGCCUUCUUAAGAUCCUCUCAUUGAAUCUCAUAUCAACACUACUCUAGCUAGCUAGCAGGAGCCAGGAGAGGAAGAUCAGAGAGAGAAAUGGAGGGGAAAGCUGCAGGGUGUUUUGGGAAUUUCUUGGAAAAUGUUAGGCCUUUCAUAGCCAUGAUUUGCAUGCAGUUUGGGUAUGCAGGAAUGAACAUAAUAACCAAAGUUUCAUUGAAUAGAGGCAUGAGCCAUUAUGCUUUGGUUGUGUAUAGAAAUGCCUUUGCCACUGCUGUCAUUGCCCCCUUUGCUCUUCUUCUUGAAAGGAAAAUAAGACCCAAGAUGACAUUCUCAAUUUUCAUGCAAAUAUUUGUGCUGGGUCUUCUAGGGCCAGUGGUUGAUCAAAACUUGUACUAUGCUGGGCUGAAAUUCACAUCCCCAACUUUCUCAUGUGGCAUGAGCAACAUUCUCCCUGCCAUGGCCUUUGUGAUGGGAGUUGUGUGCAAGAUGGAAAAGGUGAACAUAAAGAAAGUGAGGUGCCAAGCAAAGGUGAUUGGAACACUGGUGACUUUGGGAGGAGCCAUGGUGAUGACAUUGUACAAAGGCCAUCUUGUUAACCUCUUCUGGUCUAACCAUAUCUACACACCCAACCAAACUUCCUCAUUUGACAAGGACUGGAUUAAAGGCUCCAUUCUCCUCAUCCUUGCCACAAUUGCCUGGGCUUCUUUCUUCAUCCUUCAGGCUAUUACACUGAAGAAAUACACUGCCCAACUGUCUUUAACAGCCAUGGUGUGUUUCAUUGGAACUCUGCAAUCCAUUGCUGUGACCUUUGUGAUGGAGCACAGGAGCUCUGUUUGGAGCAUUGGGUGGGACUUAAACCUCUUUGCUGCUGCCUAUGCUGGCAUAGUUUCAUCAGGCAUUGCAUACUAUGUACAAGGAAUUGUGAUGCAGAAAAGGGGGCCUGUCUUUGUCACAGCUUUCAGUCCAUUGAUGAUGAUCAUUGUAGCCAUCAUGGGAUCCUUCAUUCUAGCUGAGAACAUCUUUGUUGGAAGUGUUGCUGGGGCUGUGUUGAUUGUGAUGGGAUUAUACGCAGUGCUGUGGGGAAAAUACAGGGAGUACAAGGAGAAGGAGGCAGAGGAAAUUCAAGAAGCAGUGAAGGGUAUUUCAGGGAACAAAAAUGAAAGAAUGAUGGUGAUCAUUGAAGAAGAAGGAGAAGGAGAAGAAGAUGAUAUUGAAAUGCAGAAAGCUCCCCCAGUAGCAAUAAUAGCCAUUUCUCCUAACAUUUCACAACCCCCCAUGUUAGCUAUGGAAGCUCCAAAACAUUAAUUUUUCAUUUUAAUUAGCUCAUAACUUGACCCACCCAAAAAAAAAACAGAGGAAAUGAGGAAGGGUAUUUUUGUCAUCUCAGGCAUUUUAACUUUUUUUUUUGGGUUGUAAAUUUUGGUAAUGUAAUAAUCUUUUAUGAGAAAAGUUUUGGUGGAGAAAAAGCACUUUUUCAGUUUUU